AUGCACGACGGGCCCCAGGAACUGGCUCACAUGUUCUGCUCCCUACCACCGUCCCUCUGGCCAGUCGGAGUACCAACGCGGUGUGGAAGCGGUGGCUAUCGCGUCCGUGCGAUCUACCGAAAAGCUGAGACCUUCACACCACCAUCUCCGAGCCCGUUUUGUCGUCGCGUCGGGGUACCGACAAGUGGCCAGCCCGUUGAUCCGCGACUCGGGGGCCGGAUCACUUUCCAUCCAGUCCUCCCGGUGCCCUCUUCGCACCGGCCACCCGAUUCCCAUCGGCCGCCCAGUCCACUUCACUUCCACUUGCCUGCUCCGGCCACUUUCCUUCUCUUGCACCCGAGGCCAUUCCCAUCGCCUUCAUCGGGCUUGGACUGCGCCUGUGAAGCAGCCCGUCUUCCCACCCACUCAACCAUUCUCUCUGACUCGUCUCUUCUAACCGUCCCCUCCCCUCACCUCACCUCCUCCGCCCACAUCCCACUCAGCCCCACCCUCAAGUGGCAGGCAGUCAUAUUGCUCCGACACCUGGGCCACAGGGCCGCUGUUCACACAAAAGGUCUACCCGUCCGGCCUAAGUUGCAUAACCAUGACAGAGGGUGUGUUUCCACUGUGCCCACUUGUUCCCCCAACCCGACACUCCUCCGGACUGGAAAGAUGAGCUUCUGCUUGGGCCUAUGCUUUCGUCUGCCCACUCCGGCCCGGCGUACAUGUCGGUCUGGACGACGUGAAAGGACGUUAAUUAAUGAGAACGCCCAGCCGAUACCGGCAACUGAGCCGAAGUGUCAGUAG